CACGAGGGGCCAGUAAUUCGCCAAAAGACGGCCUGCCGGCAAAGGAUCGCAAAAAAGGACCAGGCCUGUUGUGGUGUGUUGUGUUGUGCGCUGUAUGAUACAUGUAGGCUACGGUAUAUCUGAACCACCAUAGAGCCAUGGAGUACUCAAGAACCAGCCAUUCAGCAUUUAUUUUUCAUGCCAUUUCGAAGAACAAUCAGUUAUUACUCAUCAAUCCACUUACUAGUACUUGAUUGAAAUUAAGAUCAGGAAUGGUGCGCUUGAAGAAAACGAAACAAAGCAACCAUGCCAAUAAUAGGUGUAUGGCGUCGCAUCAUUUGGGCCGGGUGUGCCUUGCGUUUGCCCUCGUUUGCAGUGUCUCCUUCACCUUAUUCACACAGAAAUCCGGGACCCUGGCAUUUAGCUUGCUAUUACUGGAAGCUCAAAAAGAACUAGACAGCACCCAGCCUACAACAACAACUACGCACAAUGGGCUUCAGAAAGAAGAGUGGCCAGCCUACCAAAAGUACCCAUGGCAAGGGGUGCCCAAGGAGGAGGUUGGCCAUGCCUUGGUCAAGAAGGGGAAAGUAGACUUUGUUGAGUCUGUCGGGGAUUGGAUGUCAGAUCCUGACAAGCUGGAAGAGUUUUUGAAAGUCUACGAAAAUCGACCCGACAAGGUGAAUCUCUGUGGCAUGCGGAUCAAUCAUUCUCUGUAUCUCUAUGCCACUAUCAAAUACCUACAACCCACUACCAUUAUUGAAAGUGGCGUCAAUGCUGGUCACAGCACCUACCUCAUGCGAGCCGCUGCACCCAAUGCCAAAAUAUAUGCCAUUGAUCCAUUGGAUAUACCCAUUUGUGAACAAAAAGAAAGAUGGAUUGAUCCUUCUGCUGGUAAAACCGAGUACUACACUGGCACUGCCAAGUUUCAAGAUUUCAAUCAAGUGGAUUGGGCUGCCAAAAUCGCCGGGGGGGAAAUAAAUCCGGAUCAAACCUUGGUACUCCUGGACGAUCAUUUGGAUCCCAGCACAAGGUAUCCCACACUCUUGAAGCAUGGUUUUCGUCACCUUCUGCUUGAAGACAAUUACAAACGGAAAAAGGGAGCCACGGAGGGCGAUAGGAAAGGAUUUUUGCCCAAACAACUCUUUCAUGGAACGGAUCAAAAUGCCCAAUUUUUCUUUCAAAUCACCAAACGUUACGCUGAAUUCCCACCCUUGGUUUCACCUCUUCUGGCCAAGGAAUACCAAGACCGCCCCAAACUGGCGGGAGGAUUCUUGCAUGUCUGGGACGAUUUGAGAACCAUUGUGGCACCCCUCUUGCGGCCGGAUCUAUCCGAAAAAGACAGGGAAUUAUACGAACAGAUUUGUCAACGUCUGAACAUUGAUCCGCGAUUGCGCGAUCUGGACUCGUAUAUGCAAGUCAUGAACUACAAUCAAUUUGCCUACAUGGAAAUGAUGCCCAUGGCACCCCGUCUUUUGGAACUGCUGAUACAACCCAGCCAGAACUAGCUACUGUAGAAUGGAGAUAUAUACAUCUGCCUGCAUCAUAUUCUAACUGUAACAUUAUUUUAAAUUGGAAAGAGCUAGAGUUGAAUGCGUUUUGUUAGUCCAACUUCAUGGCCAGGAUAGUGUCACGUUGUGG